AGACAAUCUCAGCCGUUUCUGUUUGCAACAAAAUGAAUCGGAGCGAGACUGAACGUUCCACUCCAAUUGCCGAUGAUUCUAGCCAUGAGGAAGAUUCCGAUUCCGGGCAAAAAACCGCAGCUUCCAAUCCAAUUGAAGAUGAUUCUAGCAAUGAAGAAGAUUCCAAUUCCGGUCAAAGAAUCACAGAGUCUGAGGUCAUUGAUGAGAUUGCUGCUCUUAAUCGUGGAGAGUCUCUUCCGGACGAGUUAGCCAGCUUAAAAUUGCAAGCAACCUCAAAGAAGAGAGUCACCUUGCGCCAAGAUAUCCUAGAGCUCAAUCACCAAGAGCUCAAAGAGCACAUCCGAGUCGAGUCCAGAAAUCUCUAUGGCGAUGAGGCCAAGGAUGAACAACUCGAAGCUGUAGCCGCCUUAGUCCAUGACCGGCACACGUUCGUCCUUGCAGGUACUGGUUUUGGAAAGACUCGAAUAGCAGAAAUGUAUCACAAUCUGUUUCAACCAUAUCAAAAGUCUAUUGUAUUGGUCUUGAAUCCUUUGGAUUCACUUGGAGACAAUCAGGUUGAAGAAAAAAAGAAAGUAGGAGUCAAUAAUAGACAUAUUAAAGCAGUCAACUUGACCAGUAACGUCUUGGAUGCAAAAAUGGCGAGGAAGAUCAUUUCCGGGGAGUUUGAAUUUGUUUACCUGAGCCCAGAAGCCUUGCUUAACAAUGAAAUCUUCCGGGAUGUAUACUUUCAUCCAAAAUUUCAAAGCCGGCUGUCCUUGAUUGUCGUGGACGAAGCACAUAUGGUGUAUGUGUGGGGACUUGUUGCCAAUGGCCAAUCAAAAGGGCUUACCUCCCAUCUAAAACAUGGAGAGCGUGGAGUCUUCCGACCAGGAUACGGUGAACUGGCUGCUAGGUUGAUGGCGACCAAUGGAACUCCGCUGCUAAUGAUGUCCGCCACCUGCCGCCCAAUCGCAAUCAAUAGUAUUCUUGAAUCAUUCAAGCUUACCAGGCAAAUGGUUACAUUUGUUGAAGCUGAACUCACCCGACCGGAAAUUCGUAUGUUGCGGAUCGAUAUGCAAAAGUCCCUGGCAUCAUCGGAAGACCUUGCUGACCUGUACAGUACUCAAGAGCAAACACCAGACAAUGAGAUCAUACCAACAUUAAUCUAUUCAACCACCAGAAACCUCACCGGACAAGUCCUUGAUGUUGUCAACGAUGCGCGUGAGGCAAAUCAAGAAGACGAUCCUUUCAGCACCUUUGCUCGACGCUACCACUCCAUCACUGGUGAUAUGGAUAAAUCUGAUGUCACUGGUGAUUUCACAAAAGGCGUUUUCCCCGUGGUAUCUUCAACCAUGGCGCUUGGGUUGGGCCAAAACUGGAAAAGGGUCCGGUGCGUCAUCCACAUGGGCCGAGGGGACCCAGCUUCGAUAUGUCAGAUGCUUGGACGUUGCGGGAGAGAUGGUAAAAAAGGCCUGGCUAUUAUGUUUGUGGAGCCACAUCGCAAGAACGGAAAGAACUCAGUCAGUGAUUUCACCAAUGUCGAGCUCCAGAACGACGACGACAGGAUGGACGCGUUAGCAAUUACACCAGUUUGCCUCCGAAUAGCAUUUUCGCUAGAUAAUCGACUAGGGUACAUUCCUCUGUCUUUUGACGAUCCGAACUACAAGAGAGAGGCAAAACGUGAAGUUGAUGCAGGCUUUAGUGAAUGCAGCUGUUCAAAUUGUAAACCCGAAAGCAGCAAAUGGGUCAUCAACAACUUUAAACAAGCAAACAUCAACAAUUUUGACUCGUUUAUAUCCAACUCACCGCAAGACAUAGCCGAGCUGUUUCCAAUUAGACAAGAAAAACAAGUGGCUGACAAUCAAAUUAAUUGGGUUGAAGAAUCUGGGAAAAAACCAUUGCACGAGAUUCUUGAAGCCUUCGCACAGGCAUUGGUUCGGUACUUUUGCGAUUUUUUCGAUUCCGAGAUGAAAGGUGCUGCAGCAUAUCCACCAGACGCCUACUUCAGUAUCAUACAUGCCCGCAAGAUUUCAAGAAAUAUCAAGCACCUUACUCUGGACAACAUUGAACAGUUGAUUGGGAAUGAAAUGUUGACCGGUCAAUUUAAAAUGUUGUUUGAUCACAUCACACUCUUUCAAUCAACCGAUUCCUACCAAUACAUCUCUCAUCGUCAGGAAGAAUUGGAUGCUGAACUUGACUCGAAAGCAGCCCGAUUGUGAAAGGAAAAAGAGGACGAGGAUAACCAACGCGCUGAAGCCACAAGAGCCAUCCAAGAAGCUGCUGCUCAGAAGAAAAUCGAUACAGCUGCCAGAGUAAAAGCCAAUGCUGAGAAAAAACGUACCGCAAAGGAGGCAAAAUUCAUCGAAAGCGAGAAAAAAAAGGCCAAGAGAGAGAGUGACAUGGCUUUCUUACAUCAACUUCAGGCUCAAGCGGAGAUUGAUCGACAGAAUACAAGGCCCGAUGCUUCUGAUCCUGAGACCUCUAAAAGUGUGCUUGUUGAUGAAUCAAUGGAUCCUGCUUUGCUUUAAUUCAUGAUACAGAAAAAGAAUAAAAAUAAAUAUCUGGUUUGGGUAAAGAUGAAAGGAA